AUGGAAGAAAUUGAUGAUAGUAAUUCAUAUGGAAAUAAAAUAUUUGGAAAUAAUAAUAAUAUUAUAGCAAUAAAAUAUGAAGAUUAUAUUAAAAUCAAUGAUCCAGAUUCAGAUUCAGAUGAACCAUAUUUGGAAUCAGAUGAUCCAAAUUCACCUAAAGAACCAUUAUUACAUCAUUCAUUAAAAAAAGAAAGAGGUCAUUCAUUAGGUGAAAAAACAAUAGGACAAUGGGCAUCAUUUAUAUUUAUUGUUAAUCAAAUUUAUGGUCCUGGUGUAUUAUCAAUACCAAAAGUAUUUCAACAAUCAGGAUGGAUAUUAACAACAUUUUCAUUAACAUUUUUUUUAAUAAUGUCAUGUUUAGCAUCAACUUUAUUAUGUGAAUCAUUGUCGAUGAUACCAGGUAAUAGAUUUUUUGAUAAACAUAUUGAAUAUUCAGUUGCAAUUAAAUAUUUCUUUGGUAAAAAAGUUUAUUUUAUUUUUCAAAUUUUAAAUAAUUUAUGUAUUCAAGCAUAUAAUAUAGCAUCGAUUGCAAUUUGUGCACAAUCGUUAGACCAAUUCUUUUUAUUUGCAUUCAAGAAAACAUUUGCGUUGACCCUAUCACCACAUUUUCAAUUUAUAAGUACAUCAAAUGUAGAUGCAUUAUAUAAUUCAAAUAUAAUUUGUAUAUCGUUGGGAUAUUUAAUAAUAUGUGCAAUUUCCAUACCUACCGGGUUUAUGAAUUUAAAUGAUAAUGUGAAGAUAGUCCAAUCGUUGUCUUUCCUAUUCUUGUUUUUACUAAUUGGUGAAUUCAUAGUACAAUAUUUUUUAAAUGGUAUUGAGUUUGAGAGAGUGCCCGCCUUUGGCCACAGCUACUACCAAUUGGUAUCGAUAUUUGUUUUUUCAUGGGCAUAUCCUAUGUUUAUCCCAUCAUGGGUUAAUGAAAAGAAAGACGGGGUGUCGGUGAACAGGGCUGUGUGGUCGGCCGGGGUGUUCUCCUGGUUCGGGUACUUGUUCAUCGGGCUGUUGGGGGCCUGUGCUUAUGGGUCGUUGGGCAGUGACAAUAUACUAAAUCUUAUGGGGAGCAUUAAGUACCCAUUGGUGACGAGAAUCGCUAGUUACCUAUUCAGUUUAACCGUUAUCGCACCUGGUAUCCCUAUUUGUUUCAUCACUGUGCGUUAUAAUCUAUACGUGGGCUAUAUUUGUGGGAAGAAAGCAUCCUACUUUUUCGGUGUUAUAGCUCCUUGGUUCUUUGCUUUUGUAUUCUGUAAUCAAAAAAUCUUUGCUGACCUCUUAACUUGGUCUUCAUUAAUUUUAAAUACAAUUAUAAAUUUUUUAGUACCUUUUGCACUCUAUCUAAAAGCUUCCUCAAAAAUUAAAUCUUUAAAUCCUGAUCAUCAAUCAAUAAUUAAUCCAUAUUCAAAAUAUUUACCUUCAAAAUAUCAUAGAUUAUUAACUUGGUUAAUAUUAUCAUCAGUUAUUAUAAUAUCAAUAAUUCAAAUAGUUUAUGAUUCUUAUAAAUCUUCAAAAGGAUUUAAUCCAUUAGAUUAA